AAUAGGAAACCAAACCAGAACUUCCGUUUUCUGUCAGAGAAACUCUCGGCGCAACCGUCAAAAAACAAACCUUCCUUCUUAGACGUUUCUUCCAGGUGUGAAUGUGAUUUCCCCGACUCUCUCCUUCCUCGUAACUUUCCUUAAUCCUUACUACUCUCUCUGUCAAAUCUCAAUCCACUUUCCUAUAUUUAGGAUUCGUUAAUCUCUUAACCCUCCUCCCAAAGACCCAAAGACCCAAAACCCUAAACAGAUCGAACGAUUUUUCCCUAAUUUUCGUGAAUUGGAAUUCACCCUUCUCUUGAUCUGUUGAUCCAUGUCUGCUUUGGUCUUUCGAAGAGGUACAGUCACAAACCAUGCCUCUUCCAUGGAAGAAAUCCCAUUCUGGUCGGGUUUCUCGUUUGGUUGCCGAUCUACGUUCUUCUCGCAAGCAUGGAGGAUCAUCUCUCGUCGUCGAGACUGGUUUUCCGACUUCCCUCAUAGAUCUAAUCGUCAAGAAUCGUGAUCGGUUGAAGAAGAAGAAGAAGAAUAAGAAUGGAGUAGCAGCUUCGGAGGAAUGGGAGCCCAUAGCUUUCCCUUCCAGUCCCAUUUGCUCUUCGGUUUCCUCUUCCCCGAGUUCGAGUCCUUCUACCGGUCUCGUGGCUUCAGCUCCGAUUGGUAAGGAAAUCCUUCCACUUCCACCUAUCUCUUCCAGUCUCACUGCCUCUUCGGAUUCAUCUUCGGAUUUGGUGAGUUGGAGUCCUUCUACGGGUCCCGUGGUUUCAGCUUCUCAGAUUGACAACUCAAAUCGGCCGCCGUUUGGUGUGGAAAUCCCCCCUUUGGUUGCUAAUUUGGCCACGGAUGUAGCGUCUAGAGGAACGGUUCGAUGUGUUGGAGCUUUUACGCUUAUUGUCAUGGGGCUUUUCAUGGUGAUUCUUGGUUUCGCAACAGAGAAGCUCGCCGUUGGGAUAACGAUAUCGACGUUCCUUCUUCUGUUUCUUGAAUUGGUCGCUGUUCGAGCUUUUUACUUCCAUAAACCAUGUCCGGAUUUGCAGAAGAGCUUCAACAAUUUCGCAGAAAGGGUUCUGUUGUUCUUUGUUCGGCGGAGAAGGGAGCCGAUCACGGAGAAUCUAUCCAGUUUGACAGAAACUGAGCCUUUGCAUUUUGAUUUUGAUUCGCUUAGUAGCGAAAGAAGAUGGGGUAUCAAUUUGGUUGAUGAUUAUCGUUCCUAUAAUGAAGAAGAACAACUCGAAGAACCCGGUUUCGACUUGAUUAAUAGAAGAUGGAGUUCAGAAACAGAGAUCCAUUUGCUUGAGCGAAGAUGGAGACCAGAAAUUGGUUUUGAUUUGAGCGAGAGAAGAAGUAUAAGUGCUUCGAUUAACAUUGAUAAAGCUCGGGCCAAAGACAUUUCAUCGGGUGAGAACGGUGAAGCUCAGAGCUUUGAGAUUCAAAUUGUUCAAAGUACAAAUCUUGGAACCCAUAAGACAAUGAAUGGGAGACUCAAGUCGAAGAAGUUGUUCAAGAAGCUGGUGCCAAAGAAGUUCCGUAGCCAUAAGAAAGCAUUUGAUCGGAAGAACAAGCUAGAAUCAAGUGAAGAAGAAGCUAAGUGUGAACAAGGAGACCCAGAAGAUGAAUUAAAACCAGAGGAACUCAAUAGCUCCGAUGAUGUUUCACAAGUCGACACUAAUGGAGAUCUGGUUGAAGAAUAUGGUGGAAGCACAGAGGAUACUUAUGGGUUUAUAAUUAUGGUUUUGAUUGUUCUCUCUGGGCUUGUACAAGGUCGAUUUAUGGCAAUUAUGCUAACCAUGAUCUGGUACCUACUGGUAAAAUCAGUGCAAACUGCGAAGAGAAUCUGAAGAUAUCAUAAAAUCAUAGGAAAUAUGAGAAGAGGGAGUCGAUGGCUCCAUUGAUCUUAAUAUCAGGUCAUCUCUCUGAGAGAAAUGUUGACAUUUGUGAGAUAUUGGUGAAAGAGAACCCUUAUGUAUUUAUGGUGUUCCUGGGUUCUUUGUGAAAUCCUCCCAAGCUCAAGAUAUAUGUAUUAUCAGAGCUCAGUGUUCUUGAAGGUUCAACCUUCUGUUGGCAAGACUACUUUGGAUGUGGUGCACUUUGGAAUGGUAUACUAUAAAUUUUAAGAAACAGUUUGUAACUUGUGCCUAAAGAUGUCAAAUUCUCUUUUAUGUAACAUGUUUCCUAUUUGGAAAGAUAUAUUCCUUCAACAUUUGAGGUUUACUUGGUCUAA